AUGGCUAAAUACACCUCCUUCGACGAUAUCCUCAACAUCCACACCGAAUUGCACACAACAUUCCGCAGCGGCAAAACCAAGCCCUACGCAUGGAGACACCACCAACUCCUCCAGCUCGCGCGCUUCGCACAGGACAACGCCGCCGCGCUCGCAGAGUGUCUGCGCCUUGACCUCGGGCGCGCCAAGCAGGAAGUGUUAAUGGGCGACGUGAUCCCCGUCAUCAGCCGCUCUUUGCUUGCUGCUGAACAGCUCGAGGCGUGGAUGGCGCCUGAGAAGGUGCAGCUUUGCGCGCCUUGGGAGGAGGGAUACAGUGCGUCCGUGGAGCGGCAUCCAAAGGGCGUUGUACUCAUCAUAUCUCCGUGGAACUUCCCCAUCAUCCUCUCCCUACAGCCUCUCUACACCGCGAUCGCCGCAGGGUGCUGCGCACUCAUCAAGCCCUCCGAGCUCUCACACCACACCUCAUCCUUCCUCGCCCAAACCCUGCACAAAUACAUCGAUCCGUCCGCAUACCGCGUCGUCCUCGGCGGCAUCCCCGAAACGACCAUGGUCCUCGAGUUGAAAUGGGACCACAUAUGCUACACAGGCAACGCGCGCGUCGCGCGCAUCGUCUCUGCAGCAGCAGCCAAACACCUCACCCCGCUCACCCUCGAACUCGGCGGGAAAUCGCCUGUCAUUAUCGACGCUACGAACCCACCCAAAACCUCGCCCCCACCCUCCCCAAUAACCCUCCCCCUCGCCGCCCGGCGCAUCCUCUUGGGCAAAACACUCAACGCAGGCCAAAUCUGCAUCGCACCGGACUACAUCCUUGCACCGCGCGCUAUCAUCCCCGAGCUCGUGCGUGCGCUGAGGGAGGCGUAUACCGCAUUUUAUCCUCUUCGACCUUCUCGUGGUGCUGCGAAUGUGGGUGUGGGUGAGGGUGGUGGAGGAGAAGAACAGGGUGAAGAAGAAGGAGAAGAGGGUGGGGGAGAGGGAGGAGCACUAAAGACGGAUUCGUUGGGGAGUAUUAUCUCCGAUACGCAUUUCGAAAGACUCAAAGCGCUUCUGCGCGCAACUAGAGGAACCAUUGUUCUUGGAGGAAAUUGGGACGGUAAGACGAGGUGGAUGGAACCGACGGUGGUGGUGGAUGUAGAGGAGGGGGAUGUGUUGUUGGAUGAAGAGAUCUUCGGGCCCAUCCUUCCAAUCGUCGCUGUAGAUUCCAUGGACGAUGCUAUUGCGUUUGUUAAUAGACGGGAGCACCCACUUGUAUCGUACAUCUUUUCGAAUGAUGAGGAGUUUAAACGGAAGUUUAUAUCCAGUACGACGAGCGGGAGUGUCUGGAUUGGGGAUACGUUCCAGCAAGUUGGCGUGAGCCAAGUCCCUUUUGGCGGUAUUGGUGAAUCCGGGCACGGCAGGCAAAGUAUGAAAGCAGGCUUUGAUGAAUUCACGUACGCGCGUGGGGUUGUUGAUAUUCCGCCUGAAUCCGAGCCGUUUUUGGCGGGGAGAUAUCCGCCUUAUACGGCUGAAUCGACUGGGAGGUUCGAGGGGAUUGUUAGGGGGUUCGUUAUUCCUCCGUCUUCUGCUGCCGCUGCUUCGUCGACGCCGACGUCGUCGUCGUAG